GUGGCCCCUGCCGUGCCGCGAAGCGCGGUGACCGGCGCGAGCGUACUGCUGCGCGGCGGGGCGGGGGCGCCGUGCCCCGGCUGCCCUCUCCGCACGAACACAGCCGGCUGAGGCUGGGCUUUUAUCUGCACCAAGGUAAAAGACCGCCCGGGAGCUGUUUUUUGCGGGAGAUACAGUCUUUUGGAGAAGAUAGAAAAACAAGAACAGAAGCUGGAGUCAUUCACGGUGGAGGGGCAGGGAAGGGAACCUUCUGCUCUGAGAUACCAGCAGACAGUAAGGCAUUCAGAGUGACAGUGGCCCCAUUGCCAGGAAGAAGUUUUACUGGACCUGGUGAGGCUCUAGCUCAGUGUCUUGGCAAAGUGGUCGAACCACUGACUAAUGACAGAUACAAGACAAUAUUCUUGCCUGAAGAGAGAUGGCAGAAAUCAAUUCUCCUGUAAAUAUCAAGGAAAAGAUCAAUGCAAUCCGAUCAAUUGUUCCAAACAAAAGCAAUAAUGAGAUAGUUCUGGUGUUGCAGCAGUUUGAUAACAACGUAGACAAGGCUGUUCAAGCUUUCAUGGAUGGCAGCGCAGCUCAGGUUCUAAAGGAAUGGAAUAUGACAGGGAAAAAGAAGAACAAUAGGAGAAAAAGAAGCAAAUCUAAACAGCACCAGGGCAAUAAAGAUCCUAAAAACAAGAAUGGUGGACCAGAGAAGGCGUCUCAAGAGCCCCAGGGAAUAUAUGACUGCCAUCUGAAUGGAUGCUCAAAGGACAACUCUUGCAGUGGUUCUGCCAAUCUGAAACUGAAAGCCAUUCCUCUUGAGAGCAAAGGCUCAGGAUUUGUAGAGUCCACGCUGGUCUGUCCAGAAAUCACAGACAAAGAACGAGAACACCAGAGAGUAUCUGUGGAAUUAAACCCAAAGAAUAUGAAUGGAGUAGAACAGCGUGAGUCUCUUCAGUUAUCGGUUCAGCUCCAGUGUAACCUAGGCAGGCCAAAGUCAAAAUCUUCCUCAGUUAAAUCAUCCAGUACUACAACUCAGCUUGAAACAAAGACAGAAGAUUUGGUCAAAAAAAGAGGGCCGAACAUUGAAAAAUCAGUAAAAGACUUGCAGCGUUGCACUGUUUCUCUAACCAGAUACCGUAUGAUGAUCAAAGAAGAAGUGGAUAAUUCAGUGAAGAAGAUCAAAGCUGCUUUUGCAGAAUUACACAGCUGCAUCGUAGACAAAGAAGUGUCAUUAAUGGCAGAAAUUGAUAAAGUUAAAGAAGAAGCCAUGGAAAUCCUGACUGCUCGGCAGAAGAAAGCAGAGGAGCUGAAGAGACUGACAGACCUAGCCAGUCAGAUGGCUGAAGCACAACUGUCUGAACUCAGGGCUGAAAUUAAGCACUUUGUGAGUGAACGGAAAUAUGAUGAAGAGCUGGGCAGGUCUGCCCGAUUUUCCUGUGAUACAGAACAGCUGAAGACCCAAAUUCAGCUCUGCGGAGAAAUUUCUCACCCAAAGAACAACUAUUCCUCAAGAACACCAUGUAGUUUGGUGCUGUCUUCAAUGACUUCACAUGCAACAACUGGCAGACAAAAUACACACAUGCAGAAGUCCGCUAGUCACGUCAAGAACUCAGAUAGUAGAACAGCCAGCGCUAAAGUACAAAGUCAUCUUUCUUCCAAUCCUACAGAACCUUCUUCCCAAGGAAUCCCAACAAAUAAGCAGAACGGGCCUUCUAGCCAGAGACGAAGAUUCAACCCACAGCACCAAAACAUCCGGCUCAAUGGAUCCCUGAAGUCACAAGGUGCCAGUCAUGAGGCAGAUCAAAAUAAUGUGAAGGGUGGUUCCAGGUCUGAACACAGAAGACAGCAGCAUAGCAGCUUCAGAUCUAAAAACAAAGGAGCUAUGAAAAAUCAAGAGCAGUCUACAGCUACAAGGACCACAGAGAAUCCAAUACAUUCAGAGAAGACCCGACGAAAGCAUCAUACGCCAGACACUGCAGAUCACAGGCCUUUCCAAGGCAGUGUUGGCAGGGUGUCACAAUGCAAUUUAUGUCCUGCAAGGAUGGAGGUCUCUGCUGAUGCCACUGUUCUUUCAGUGCCAGCUGUGACUUUGGUGGCUUAAAGUGUCAUGGUGAUGGCAGGCAGAGAAAUUUAAUCUCUUCAUUUUAGUUUCUUGCUCGAGAUGCUUGUUGGUGAAGAAAAUAAGUCAGAACAUAGUCAUUUUAAAUCUGUUGCUGCUUAAAACUUGUUGGUAUCUUUAUUACUUGCUAAUUAUCAAAAUUAAUUCAUACUCUCAAGGCUUCUUCCCCAGUAUGUUCACAGUUAUUUUGCCAUGACAGUACAGAAUCUUACUAAGGCAGCAUUUACUACUUAGAAAAAUGAAAUCUAGAUUGGAAAAUUAAAUUGGCAAUUAAAUUCAUAAUAGCAAAAACCUGUUGUAGAUACGUGGUUACACCUGUCAACAGUAUUGUUUUUUUAGAGCAGCCUGUGUUAGAAGGAUCCCAGGAAGUCUGUAUGCUCUGGUCUGCAAUGAAAUCAGAUAAUCUUGUAGAAUUCUUCAGCAAUCUCUAUACAGCUCUUUACUUCUGUGCGUGUAUACGCGUAGAUGCAUGGACACUGUAUACACAGAAAGUAUUGUUAUAUACAAGAACACUUGAAAAAGUAGUACAUUUGAUUUUAGCUUAUUAUUCCAUAAUCUGAGAUCUUUACAUUCAAGUAUAAAUUGUAUUAAAUGUAUUACAUACUGGUAUUUUUCAUUGACAAAGUAUUUUUAUGAGGCUGAGGAAAAAUGCUCAUUUUUUAAUUUGGAAUGUAUAUAGUCAUGGCUAUUCAGAUACACAGCCCUAUUCUCCGUCCUUAUCAGUCACUUUUCUAUGACUAUAUGGAUCUAUUUCAUUUUUUUCAUACGAAAAGUUGCAGGUCUUCUAGACUUGAAUUCAAAUUCUUUUUCUGUAUUUUUUCUGUAGGAACCACCUGUCCAUAAUGAGAGCUAUGACUAAUAAAUUUGUUACAGCGACAUGCAGCAAAAUGUGGAGGUACAUAUUUGAGCAGAUAUACUACAUCCUUCUCAAUUUUCUAUUAAAAAUCUUACUUUGUCUUAAUGUUCUGAUUCUGUAUUUCAGAAAACCCGUUUCUUCCAAAAUAAUUAAAAAUUUAUUUCUCAAAUA